CUCCCGCUCAAUAUUGCAGUGGGUAGUGCUUUACGCAGCUGCUUCUGUAUUUCCCCUUCUCGCUCGAUAUUGCAGUGGAUAGUACUUCACCCGGCUGCCCUCCACGCUGUCAACUUCUUAGUCCCCUCGCAUCGGACACGCAAGCUUAUUUUCAAGAUGGGAGCAGACGCCGCUCCAGUGUCUCCAGCGCUGCGCAAGAGAGUGUUGAAGGUGUUGUUCAUCUCGCUGCUGCUUGAUCUGAUCUCGUUCACGUUCAUCCUCCCGCUCUUCCCCAAGCUCCUCGAGUUCUACCGCAACCACGAGACCGGCGACCCGAACACGGUCCUCUCCAAGAUCCUCGCUGGCCUCAACGCGUACAAGAACGCGUUUGCGAAACCCAUCAUCUCGCGCUACGACAUUGUCCUGCUCGGUGGAGCCCUCGGCUCGCUCUUCUCGCUGUGCCAGGCCGUUGCUUCGCCGGUGAUUGGCACGCUCUCGGACAAGUAUGGACGGCGAACGGCGCUGCUGUGGUCCAUGGUGGGCAAUGUGCUCAGCGUCGCGCUCUGGGUCGCCGCCACUGACUUCCGCACGUUCCUCGCGAGUCGCGUCGUUGGAGGGCUGAGCGAGGGCAAUGUGCAGCUCGCCAUGGCAAUCGCGACAGACAUCAGCGACGAGAGCCAGCGUGGCGCUACCAUGGCGCUCGUUGGAGUGUGCUUCAGCAUCGCCUUCACGUUCGGGCCUGCCCUGGGCGCAUAUCUCUCGACUCUGCACGUCAUGGCCAAGAACCCCUUCGCCAUGGCUGCGGGCUUCUCCCUGUUCUUGGUCGUCACAGAAACCGUCUACCUCUACUGCUGCCUCCCCGAGACCCUCCCUUCGGCGCCCGCUCCCGCUGCGAACGGCAAAGCCAACGGCCACGCAAAGGAGGCUCACAAACCGCAGGUGCGGACAAACUCGCACACCCUCCUCAACGCCACGCACUUCUUCUUUAUUCUGUUCUUCAGCGGCAUGGAGUUCAGCCUGCCGUUCAUGACAUACGACCUCUUCUCCUACGAAGCCAAAGACACCGGUCGCCUCCUCGGCUUCAUCGGACUCAUCGCGUCGUUGCUCCAGGGCUCGGUUGUCAGGCGCAUGCACCCGCUGAAAGUCGUGCAGAUGGGCGUUGUCGCCUGCACAAUCGCAUUCGUCCUGCUCGGCCGCGUACAGACCCAAGGCGGUCUAUACGGCGCUGCGGCAUUGCUCGCGGUGACAAGCGCGACAGUAGUCACAGGCCUGAAUAGUCUGAGCAGUUUCGAGGCGAGCGCAGGCGAGAGAGGAAACAAGCUAGGAAAUCACCGGAGUUUCGGUGAGUAGUUCAUGGCCCUUGACAUCAACUUCGAACUAACAUCUCGCAGGACAAGUUGGUCGUGCCCUCGGGCCCCUCAUCUUCUGCUCGCUGUACUGGUGGGCAGGCCGCGAGACCGCCUACGCAA